UCCGUUUCCCUCGUUUUUUGGGCAUCGAUUUCCCUCGGUUUAGGAAGAGUCUCAGCUAUACAGAAUUCGUGGAUUCAAAUUGCACCGAGGCAAAAUGCAAUCCAUCUAACAAAUGGCAUCAAACAGAAGAGAGUGGAAAUGAACGUGCAUUUGUGAUUUUGAUGGUUCCAAAGUAAAUUUCGUAGUGAACAAGAUAAGAUGUUCGACUAUUUCCGUUCGCAACAAGAGCGUCGAAUUAAUCGCUAAGCGGAACCAUUUAGGGAGACCAAUGAUGAUGGUGGAAUCUGCAAUUCAACAACGCACAGAACUCUCCAGCCAAACCGGCCAUAUUUUGUGGCUUGCAUGUCCCCCAAGCAAAGCAUAUAAUCGCUAAACCAAACCCGCUCCUUCCUCCGCUCAAUCCUAAUCGCCCCGUUGUACUGCUUAAUCGCAGUGACAAUGUGGGUCUCGGGGCUGACGAAAUUUAGACGCACCGCCAUUUUCACGGGUGUUUCCAACUUGUUGGUCAUUAUUCUCGGCGGGCUUCUCGUUAUUGAGGCUUACCCGCUCUGCGACCGCCAAUAUGUGGUCCCAUUCGUCCUUGUAUCUGUUGCCGCGGUUGUGAGAAUUGGGGUCAUGAUCCAAACUGGAAUUGCUCAAGAAACUACUGCCAAGUGCAUCCUUCAGUGUCCAUCCGACGGCACCGUUGUUGCUGAUCCAGUAAUUCGCCUGGAGAGACGGAUAAGGUAUAAGAAAUGGCUAUGGUGGAGUCGAUUAUCGAUGGUUGUUUUAGUGCUGCAAGUUGUGUGUGCAACAUACCUUAUAUUAAAGACAACUGAGUAUUUCUCAAAAGAUAGGACAUCAAGUGGUUGUGUUUUAGAAUUGGACUCAAAAUCAAGCUGGUGGAAGCAGAAGUUACUGGCUUUAUUCAUGGUUAUGAUAUGUUUUGUUGCCCUAGUGCAGUGCUUUAUUGGGUCUGAUGUUCUUAAAUGGAGAUCUUUUUAUGAAACCCAUGAUAAGGCUUGGAAGCACCACUAUAGGGAGGUGUUUGAUCAUGGCCUACGGGAGACUUUGUGCUGUCUAGGCCGGUUCAGAUACAUGAGUACGAUGGAAGAAGAUGAAGUCUAUUCAGUUGCUCAGUUACUGGGUGAUCUUGUUGCAUAUCGUGCAUCUGGCACGGGGCAUUUGGAACUCCUGGCAGGUUUGGUUUUACUUCAAAGGGGUAGAAAAUCUUCAGAAUCCUUUGAUGAAUGCAUAGAAGCACCAGAAAUGCAUAUCUGGGAGGCUGCGGCUCUCCAUAAAUUCGCUGAAGCUGCCUACACGGGUCCAUUACUUGAUGUUGGGCGAAAUCCUUUCAUAUUUCCUUGUGUAUGGCUCCACAGACAAGGAGUUUUGUGCCCGUGGAGACGCAGCAGACGACCUGUAUUAGCUGGUGAUAACUGGUGGCGAGGUCAUGCAGCAGCCUUUCUGAAGUAUGUCAAUUUACCCCCUGAAGUGCUCAGACAUGGACGUAUCAACCAGGUCAAGUGUGAAGCUGCAUACUUCGUUGUGGUUCUGCAUAGUCUAAGAUGUGUGGUGAUCACUAUUCGUGGAACUGAGACCCCUGAGGACCUAAUAACUGAUGGGUUAUGCAAGGAAUGCACCCUCUCUGCAGAGGAUUUGGCUGGUCUAAUAAACUGCCACCACAGUCAUUCUGAUGUAAGGAAAAGUGUGACCUCCUCAUUCCCCCAUUAUGGGCACUCAGGUAUCGUUGAGGCUGCCCGGGAGAUUUUUAUGCAGAUUGAAGGAAAUCCUGGGGAACAUGAAUCCAGUGGUCUUCUUUCUACCUUAUUGGGAGUUGGCUGUGAAUGCUUUGGGUAUGAGGUUCGGGUAGUUGGGCAUUCUCUUGGAGGUGCUAUUGCUGCAUUGCUUGGAAUACGACUAUAUCACCUCUAUCCUAAUCUGCGUGUCUAUGCAUAUGGGCCACUCCCAUGUGUGGAUUUGGCUGUGGCAAAUGCAUGUUCGGGAUUUGUGACAAGUAUUAUAUUUGGCAAUGAAUUUUCAUCAUGCCUUUCAAUUGGAUCGGUUCUGCGGUUAAGGGCAGCUGCAAUCACUUCUCUGUCAGAAUAUCCUAGAGCUGAUGCUGACACGAUUUUCCAACUUGCCCGUCAGUUUCUAUACAAGAGCAAAUGUGAAAGUAGUGAGAUUACUUCAGCUCAGGAUCAAUCUGAUUAUUAUUCGGGGGCCAUCCCUAUCGAAGAUUUAAACCAUCGACUAUGCAGAAGCCAGACUGAGAUUAGUACUAUAGGUAACACGGAAGAAGACAUUCAAGAAUUUCCGCUCUGGUCUGAAGCUACCAGAUGCGGUCGUGUAAGAAGUGACAACAGUGAAUUCACAAAUUAUUUUGCCAGUGAAGGCAACAGUGAGCAUGAAGAGCAUUCUCUCUGGGUUGGCGAUAGAACAAAAGACCAAGGUGAUGAAAUUCAUGAUGGCGAAUUCACGAAUCCUUUUGCUGCAGAUGUGAAUUCAAACAGUGAUCUUGUGUCUCAUUUGAUAGAUGUGGUCCAAACUACAGAAAAUGAGGCAGCCAGCAACCACCCCGACAUUUAUCUUCCAGGACUUGUAAUUCAUAUCGUGCCAGAACCUAAAAACUCCCAUAAUGCACUUUGGACACCUUUUAGACUGCGGGGGAAGGAAAAUCAUUACAAAGCUUAUAUAGCAGAUAGAGAAAAAUUCAAAGAUAUUGUUGUUUCACCAUCCAUGUUCCUUGACCAUCUCCCUUGGAGAUGUCAUAUGGCCUUGCAAAAACUACUGGAGGCUCGAAAUGCCCAGUCAAGCGAUGGAACCUCUUUGCGUGAGUAAAUAAUGAGAGCAUAUGUAGUUGUCACUCUUAAGAAUAUAUUACCUGCUAUGAAAGGUAGGCCUAAUUUUUUCAUGAUAUAUUGUACUAUAUCCUUGUAAUUUAAAUUCACAGGUCCUAAAUGGUCCGAUUCAAUAUAACAAGGUUCUUUGUAUGACCCGUUUAUGUACAAUCACUAUCCUUAAGGAAAUAAAAAUUUAAAAGAUUUUUAUUAUUUAUAA